AUGAGGGAGUGGCUGAUGUGUUACUAUGGCUACGAACUACGCAGCAGCGUCUCGCUGGCUUACGCAGGACUCUCCUUCCGGUGCAGUCCGCGCAGACUUCCGGUCCAGGCCUGCGGAAAGCGGGCGAGGGGUUGCAGCCUCCCUGCCUGCACCCAGAUCCCUCACGCCUUCCUUCCGCUCCAGGGCCUCAGAUUCGAGGUGGUUCCGUCCCGCUUCAAGGAGAAGCUGAGCAAAUCGUCCUUCCCCAGCCCCUACGCGUACGCCAUGGAGACGGCCAAGCAGAAGGCUCUGGAGGUGGCCACCCGGCUGCACCAGAAGGAUCUGCGCAUCCCUGACAUGGUCAUCGGGGCCGACACGAUCGUGGUGAGUCCCCCCCCCCCGGGCUUCCGCACGUACAGGUCGCGUGGCCCCGACGUCCAGGACCGGGCUGUCUGCGUCCCUGCCGUCGGUCGCCUCCUAGUUCAGGGCCUGGUCAGUGAAAAAUGUGUUUUCUGCUGUGCGUGGUGGCGCACGCCUGUCAUCCUGGCACUCAGGAGGCUGAGGCAGGAGCGUCACUGUGAGCUCCGGGCCAGCCUGAGAGAGCCUGACCGCAUCCAAGGGUCCUGCUUGCUCACUGAUUUCGGGGCGUCCCUUGAACUUGAGGCGCAGCUGUGCAGAUGCCAGGAACGUAGGCGGCCUGUGACCUUCCUCUGGAUCUCUGUACUUACAGACGGCGAGCUAGAAACGGAAGUCUCAGAGUUCUACGAGGAGACGCAGGUGAAGUUCUCGGAGCUGUCAGAGGAGCUGCUGUGGGAGUACAUCCACAGUGGGGAGCCCAUGGACACCCAGCCUGCGUCCCCAGCCGGCCUCUUGCAGCUGGUCCACGGCUUCGAGGUAUUUCCAGGUUCCGGGGAGCAGGCCAGGCUGGGGAGGGAGGCCGGGAGGCUGCUGGUGCAGUGGCAGCCUGUGUGCACCCGAGGAGGCAUCGCCAGCUGCCCUGGCACAGGAAGAGAAAAGACACAGACACAGAGCCGGAGCAAGAGCUCCCGACAGAGUGAGAGGGCGGUGCCCAGGUCUCAGCUCUGGGCCGAGACUGCAGGCUGCCCGCUGCUCAUUCCCCGCCUCAUAACUGCUCUGUCCCAGCCCCGGCAGCCCCAGCUGCAGCUCCUCCGGGCCGUGCAUGGGCUGGCCCAGCUGACCGCACACGAGGUGGCCAGGGCCAUGGACCUCUCUCGAUUCACUUCUGCCUGUCACCUGGGAGGCGGCACAGGCGCCCUCGCGCACGAGCUGGCCCGGGAGUACCCAGGGCUCCAGGUGACCGUGUUUGACCUCCCCGACGUCAUCGAACACGCCUCCUUGUUUCGGCCCCACGGAGCAGAGAGGGCACACGUCAGCUUUGUGCCUGGUGACAUCCUCCGGGACCCACUCCCCGCAGCCGAGCUCUACAUCCUGGCUCCGCUACCGCCCGCCCAGCCGGGCCACACCUCACACGGGCUCCUGCAGAGGGUGGCGGCUGCCUGCAGGCCGGGGUGUGGCCUGUUGGUGGCUGAUGCCUUCUGCACAGAAGAAGAGGAAGAGGAGGCGGCGGAGGAGCUGGAGGAGGAGGAAGAGGCCGAGGAGGAGGCGGCGGCAGGCAGGGCCCGGGCUGGCCUGGCACGCGUGCUGGACCAGCUGCUGUGGCCCCAGGCU